UACGCGAUCGCUUUGGACGUUGACAGGAAAUGGUGUGAAAAGGGAAUCUUUAAAGGACCAAAUGUGGGGGAAAUUGAACGAGACGUCAGGCUUUAUACGCCUGUCAUAUGGAUAACAACGGGGAAAACUACGAGUUUUUCACGAUACGACAACUUGUGUGAGCCGGAAAAAGCCCGUCAAUUCAGCCCAAAUCAACACCACCCAUCGAUACCAUAAUCUGUGUGUGUGUUGAAUAACUUAUUAACCUCUGACGUUUUUCUUUUGGAGCUUCGGCUGAACGGAAAACAAGCUGCUUUUUCCAAUGUUGUUUGUCUCUGUUUUUUAUUUUUCAUGUCCCCAAAUCGCUUUCAACACGGUUGUUGUUUUGCACACUUGCAAAACGCGCUCGCGUAAUCUGAGCGGAUCGAUUGCAGCAGGGCUUUUUUGCCGUUCUCCCCCCCUUUCGUCCGCUUCGUCCGCUUCUUCUCCGCCUGUGGGCUUUUCAUCCUUUUUGCCCCCUGCGUAUUGCAAGCAUGACAGAUGGAUAGACAAGAAUAUCGAUGGGACUGGAUUGAUUAACGGACACUUGUUCAAAUGGAUUACUAGUAUGAAGACGCCGUCAUGCCAGUCAUGGAAGUUGCUUUUGGAAUACUGCUGGGUUUGUUUUUAGAAUACUGCUGGUCAUCUUGGGCAAGCAGAUGUUGCAAGCAGAGAGUAUCUGACAAUCCUACUAAAUACGUAGCGACAAGCAAUACCUUGAGAGAUACUUGUGCAGCAUGUACAUUGCGUACAAUGGACAAUAUAACAUUUCGUGAGCCAACGGAUGGGCUGCUGCUGUUGGAAUCUCCUAUUCAUCGCAAGAGUUCACAGUCAUACUUUUGGACAAUCUUUGUCUCUCUUGUUUGUCCGUGCCAGGGUGAGCAAUGAAAAAAAAAAAAAUGUGUUCAAAAAGUUGUUGAAAGCCAACAUCUAUCCAAGUUCCCAUGGCAACAAGCUGUCAUUUGUUUUCCUUGACAGUGUUGGAGUUUCCAGAAGGCAGCACCAUAGCUGAGCUCUUGAGAAACCCAUCCAGGACAGUGCUCACGCGACCUUAUCGCUCCUUGACUUCAACACUCAACCAUGGCACCACCAAAGAAUGACCCCGUCUCCGAUGUUGAGGAGGACGACCACUCUCAGAGCGAGGAUGAAAACGAACUGUCGUCAAAUGUGGUGACCAAAUACCAAACUGCCGCGGACAUUGCUAACCGUGCUCUGAAGAAGGUGAUUGAUGCGGUUGUAGAUGGUGCCAAGGUGGUCGAUCUCUGUGCGUUGGGGGACCGGACGAUUGAGGAACUGGCAGAGAAGGUGUUUAACAAGGGCAAAAUUCUGAAAGGUAUCGCUUUUCCUACAUGUGUCUCGUCCAACACAGCCAUCUGCCACAUGUCACCAUUGUCCACGGAUCCUGAGGGUGCCACCGUCUUGAAGAAGGGAGAUGUUGUCCGGCUGGAGCUCGGCGCUCACAUUGACGGUUACAUUGCUCAAGUGGCGCAUACCGUUGUUAUUGGAGCAAGCAAGGAAACCCCCAUUACCGGCCGACAAGCCGAUGCCUUCCAGGCCGCAUACCUUGCUACCGAGGCUGCAAUCCGUCUCUUGAAGCCAGGAAAGACCAACGUUGAGGUUACUGAUGCGGUUCAAUCAAUUGCUGAGGAUUUCGAAUGCAAACCUGUGGAAGGUAUGCUCUCACACCAGGUGCUCCGCAAUGUUCUGGAUGGUAGCAAACAAAUCAUCCUAAACCCGACCGAAACUCAACGGAAAGACAUUGAAACUCAAACCUUUGAGGAAGGAGAGGUGUACUCGCUGGAUAUCCUUGUGUCAACUGGGGACGGUAAGCCCAAGACCCUCGAAACCAGAACCACUGUCUACAAACGGCAACCCGAUGUGACAUACAACCUCAAAAUGAAGACAUCUCGUGAAGUCCUGUCCAAAGUCAAUAAGCAGUUUGGAUCAAUGGCCUUCUCAUUGCGACACUUUGAUGAUGAGAAAAAGGCGCGAAUGGGUAUCGUUGAGUGCGCAAACCACAACCUUGUGGUACCGUACCAGGUCCUAUAUGAAAAGGAGGAGGCUGUUGUAGCGCAUUUCAUGUUCACCGUGCUGCUGAUGCCUGGAGGCCCUCUCAAGAUUACGAGCUUCCCAUGGGACCAAGAGCUGGUCAAGAGUGAGAAGGAGAUUAAGAGCGAGAACAUCAAAGAGCUUUUGAAGCAGCCUGUCAGCAGCAAGAAGGCGAACAAGAAGAAGAAGAAGAAGACGGCUGCUCAGAAGGGGGAGAAUGGUGCUGAAGCCAAAUAAGUGCUACUGUGGACGAAUCAUGUUAAGGGAUAUGUUUGCAAUGGGAGUAGGGAUGCUGUGACUUUUUUUUUUUUGCAAUACGCUUUCAAAACGCACUUUGUCUUUUGUCUUUUACCUGUAUGCUUGACAUUUUACAUCCUCGUCAAAUUACCAUUGGAUGGGGAUACGUUUUAAUUUAUAGGCAGGCGACAAUAAAGCGGGGUACCCAAUCCCAAGCCCAAUUAGCCUUGAAGCCUUACAAUGGCUU